AUUUAUUUUACAGAAAUGCUAAGUAUGAUUAUUGGUAUAUGAAAGCACAAAAUUUCUAUGAUUUAAGAGGAGGCGAUAAGUUGAGUAGCAAUAAUAGAUAAUUGGAGAGGUAUGAGAAAUUGGAGAAAAUAGGAGAAGGUAUUGUGUAAUUCAAAUGCGCUUAGGAACAUAUGGUGUUGUUUAUAAGGCUCGUGAUUCAGUGACUAAAGAAUUGGUGGCUCUUAAGAAAAUCAAGUUAGAGAAUGAAGAUGAGGGUGUUCCCUCCACUGCUAUGAGAGAGAUCUCAAUUUUGAAAGAACUUCAACCUCAUCCAAAUAUAGUGGGUUUGAAAGAAGUCAUUUAUUAGCCUAAUGAGAAGAAACUCUAUUUAGUUUUUGAAUAUGUUGAGAUGGAUUUUAAAAAAUUCCUUGAUUAAAAUAAACACAAUCUCACAAUUAGUUAAAUCAAAGUAUGUAUAUCAACACUUAUUAUUAAUAGCAUUUCACCUUCCAAAUCUUGAACGGUCUAAAUUAUUGUCAUUCUAGACGAAUCAUUCACAGAGAUCUAAAACCAUAGAAUAUUUUGAUUGACAAAUCAACAGGGAUCAUCAAAUUAGCAGACUUUGGUUUGGCAAGAGCAUUCGGAGUUCCAAUUAAAACUCUGACUCAUGAAGUCGAGACUCUCUGGUAUAGAGCUCCUGAGAUCUUAUUAUCCUAAAAACAAUACUCUUUGGGAGUUGAUAUCUGGUCUGUCGGAUGCAUUCUCACAGAAAUGGUUGAAAAACAUGGACUGUUUUGUGGUGAUAGUGAAAUCGAUUAGAUCUUUAAAAUUUUCUAAUAUCAUGGAACCCCAACAGUGUAGGAUUGGCCAAACAUAGCCGAUCUACCUGACUUCAAACCCACUUUCCCUCGUUUCAGAGCAACACCGCCAGAAUAGUUCUUCAAGAACUUUGAUAAGGUAGGGGUAUUGUAUUAAGGGAUAGGUUGGCUUAGAUUUGGUUACAAAAAUGAUUGCUUUGGAUCCAGCUAAACGAAUCUAUGUUAAGGAGGCUAUGAAGCAUCCAUUCUUUGAUGACUUAAACAAGGAAGACAUCGUCAAGUAUUUCCCUCCAGGAUAACAAAACUUGGCUAUGCAGUAUGGAAAAUGAAUUAAUU